GAGGGACUCUCCUGGAUGCUGUUUCUGCUAAUAGUAUACAAUAUAUCUGGUGGGUAAAGACAUGAACCCCCAAGAGGAACACUGGAUGGUCACUCUGCAGGUUGUGUUCUACCCAGCCUUGGCUAUAGUGGGCAUCCCCUCCAACAUUGUUACCUUUCUCAUCUUCUGGCGGAGAAACUGCCUGCUGUCCAAGUCCAGCACCUUCUACCUGAUGGCCAUCUCUGUAGCUGACACUCUGGUCCUCAUCUUCAUCGUGGUGCUGGAGAUCACUGUCAAAUUCUACCAGGAGGAGCCGUUUUGGAGCCGUGAGCCCUGGUGCCGCCUGAGAGACAUAUUCAGCUACGGUGCCUACAACACCUCAACCUGGCUGGUGGUGGUUUUCACCGCAGAGCGCUUCAUUGCCAUCCACACCUGGGCCAUCAAGACCAAACUCUGCACCCCGCGCAGUGCCUUAGCAGCCAUCACCACCAUCUUACUCCUCAGCCACCUCCUGGCAAUACCCUACUACUGGUCCAAUGUCUCAGUUUAUGACCACAACCAGACCAAAUGGGCCUGUAUAUACAAACCUGAGGCCCCUCAUGGUUAUGUGCAUGCCCUGGUGGGGGCCCAGACAUUAGUGGCCUACGUCCUACCUUUCCUCAUCAUCCUCACCCUCAACGGGCUGACUCUGCGACAGAUCUCCCUUAGCAACAGGGUCCAUGUAUUGACGGCUGCCGACCUAACCUCAGGGGCCUACAGGGUGACGCCCCUGCUGCGCUCCAGAAAGAGGAAGUCUGUAGUGCUCCUGGUGACUGUGUCCAUGAGCUUUGUGCUGCUAUCCGUCACCCGCGCAAUCACCCAGAUCAUCAUACGCACCACCUUCUUCUACGGCCAGGAUUGCAACGACUACAACCUGCAGAUCAAUGUGGCGGCUGACAUUGGUAGCAUGCUGAGCCUCAGUAAUACAGCCAUCAACACGUACCUGUAUGCCUGCACUCAGGCCAAGUUCCGUCAGGUAUUCAUAACUUGUGUCAGACAGGUUUUGUCCCAUUGCAAGACUAACAAAACCCUGCGCAGCAGUAGAUCAGCUAUUUACCAUUUAUAACACUUUUGCCCUGUCCAGGUCUGGAUCAAGCUGAAGGUACUUGGGGUUAGUGAGAGUGUUUAAACCCUAGUUUCUCAGAACAAUGGAAAACAGAUUAGUUCUCAUAACACAAAUUCAUAUAUGGUUACCCUUUCUCCAGAAAUCUAUAGUUAACUAGGAACUCAGUUUAAUAUUCUCACCCGGGUAGUAUGUUUGGGGUGGCAGGUAGCCUAGUGGUUAGAGCGUUGGGCCAGUAACCGAAAGGUUGCUAUAUCGAAUCCCGAGCUGACAAGGUAAAAAAUCUGUUGUUCUGCCCCUGAACAAGACAUUUAACCCACUGUUCCUAGGCUGUCAUUGUAAAUAAGAAUUUGUUCUUCACCGACCUGCCUAGUUAAAUAAAGGUCAAAUUAAAUGUGUACUUUACACCUUUUGUUGCUCUGUAAAAGUAGAAUAACGUCACCCUGCAAUGUUUGCCCCUGCAGUCAGAAUUAAUUUCCUUCAAUAGGUUUCCAGUAAGAAUGCAAACAAAAGGAGACGGAUGUAGCAUUUUUCAUUUCCUAAAACAGCUGCCUGGGAUUAAGAAAUGCUAUCUUGAUUGUUUUGUCAACAAAUAUUUUGGAGUGGUAGCAUUGUCUGCUGUUUGCUUAAGCCUGCUUGAAAGAGUUUUUAUAUUUAACUACGGCAGCUGUGUUCACACAGCCAUACUGAUCUGAGCCUUGCAGAUGGAAAGCCACUACAGUGUAUAUCAGAUUCACCUCCUCUGACGACUUUGGUCAAUAUUCGCCUUUAUUAGCCUUACAACUGGAACAUACCCAAUGAGUUUGACCUCCCCUGCUCAGACGUUGCAUGCAUCAACCAAUGGCUGCGUGCCACAUCAACGACGGUGCUGUUGGACAAAAUCAAUAGGUUGAGCCAGAAGCCGGCCUACAUUAAUCACGCCAUUUUGAAGUCAGCACAAACUACUUAUAGGAUGGUAGGUUCAGGUCGUGUUCCCCUGCUCAGACAUUGCUGACGCAUGCCAGAUCUUAAGCCGCCUGGAUAGGUAAUGUACGUAUCACCUAACCACAUCAUAGCAAUCUGGUGCCCAAUGGUCAAAAUCUAUUGUUACCUCAAAAAUGGAGUCCCAAUAUCUCUGCCCCAGAAUGUCAGAUCCUCACAAGGUGAAGUGCUUAUUAUUCAGAAGUGAUUUUCUAAGUAGUAAGAGGGGAUCUACAAUAUCAGAGGAAGGUAUUUUUGUGUGCUAAUUCCCAGGUUUGAGUAAAACAUGCUUUUCUGUGUAUUGGGCACAAAAUGGUUGAAUCAAGGACAUUUGUCAACACAUUGUGAUGUGGAAAGUACGUGGAAAAUACAUUGGCUUUGAAAAAAGCAAUCAAUGUAAACUGUUGUUUAGAGGGUAAAAUUUCAACCACUGUAUUAUGUCAUAACUAACCACGUUUCCAUCCAGUUUUUAUGCGAGUAAAGUCAUAUUGUUCAAGAUGUGAUGGAAAAAGAUAAUACUUUCUGAAGGCACUUAUACCCCUCGACUUAAUCCACAUUUUGUUGUGUUUCAGCCUGAAUUCAAACUCUAUUACCCUGAAGAAAAAUAAAACGCAACAUGGAACAAUUUCAA